UAUCGUCUCCCUGCAUCGCUCGCAGUCUCGAAGCUGAUUCUCAUCUACACUGCUGAUGCACCGUGGCUGCCGCGCUUCCUCGAGAUUGCUUGCACCAACGAAAUGUCAAAAGCUAGCGUGGUGGCAGUCGUCGCUGCGUUUCACGAGCGGCUAUUUGGUGAUCCGAGCCUGGACCCGACAAGUGCAGACAAACGCCGUCAAGGCUCUUUGAAGGCAAAAGACUUGUACCCGGACGAAUCUGGGCAAGAAGAUGUGGAGGCGGAGUCGGAUGAUCAAGAUGAUGGCGAGGAAUGGAGAAGCUCCAGACGCCGUAAACGCAGGAGAAGACACUCUCAGGCUGAGAUCGAGUCUGACAGCGAACAUGAUCUCGACGCAUCUCCUCGUUCACGCUCGCCUCCUCGACCUUUUCCCGUCGUUCGGCUAGCCCGCGCGGCAUUCCAGCAGUCUGGUCUGUCACCGCACGCUGCCUCGCCAGACGGUGCUAUACCAAGUAGCGUCGGUAAUGGUCAGGCAGACGGCCGGGAUCGUCGUACGAUGCCCUCGGAGCCCGACCGCACCUCGUCUGCGCAUCUACACGCUGCUGCUAGGCGGUCCCAAGUGCAAAGAUCGGAAGCUAGCCAAAUGGUCCUUUCGCCGGCGCCUUGGUGGCAACUGGCCUACUCUCUGCUAUUCUCCCCCUUUUCCCAUUCCAGCCCCUUGGAAGUGAAGAUUAUGACUAUUCUCAAUCUCAAGUGCGCUGUGCUCUGUGUGGAAGGCAGUAUGACGGCUCGAAGAUUGAUGGAUCGUUUGCCAGAGAUUCUCUCUCAUCCGGCUGCUUCGGACCGCACAGAGCCCGAGCUACUGACAAUGGAUCAAGUCACACCACACAUGUCACAGGAUCAUGCCAUGCUAGACGUGUGGAGCCGUCUUCUGGUUUCCGAGCUCAUGCAACGAGCUAGCGAGACCACCCUAUCCACGUGCACGUUCCCAACACCAGACAUUGCUUUCUUGCGCACGGUGUACUGGCUUCAAGACGCGGCGUGCCCUCAUAAGCUGCCCCUGCUCAUGUGUCAAAGCUCCAAGCUGGGAGCUAGGCGCAAGAGCAAAACGAUCUCGCAGGAACAAGCGGCGCAAGAAGCUGAGAAGCUGGAAGCUGCUAUAUUAGAAGCGACGGUGACUCCGUGUCAGAAGUGGACCCUGACGCAAAGAGCAGCCAAAUUUUGGCAACAAGAAGCGUGGCGUAGAGCCGCCAUCAUUCACCUCAAUACAGCCGGUCUGGGCCGAGGACCGCUGUAUUGCAAAGUGCGAACGGCUCUGUGCGACAUUUUGCGUUGCAAUGCAAACGUGCCGCCCAUUUCGGUGCGGAGCAUAGAGAGGUGGUACUCGCACGCGAUAUGGAUCAUGGCAGGCAUCGCAAGCGUCACGCAACAAGAUCGCACCGUAUGCCUGACCAAUUUGAGAGCUGUGAGCAUCGAAAAGGCUCAUAGGGAAUCUGCACUCCGAUUGCAGAGGUAUUGGUCCAUCAGCGAUACGCUCGGCAACGCUCCAGAUUGGUUCGACGAUCAGUGGGGCGGAGGUGAGGCUGCUAGCCUGAUCUUGUAUUGAAGUGGGCCUAUCGCGCCUCGAGCUGUGCGCUGUACUGCUCCUUCCCUUUC